UUCAUUCAUUCAUUUAGAACUGGUUGUUCCAACUUCUUAGUAGAUUUACUUGUCAAUCACCCAUUAGAUAAAUGUUAGAAUAUAAAUAGAAACCUUUACUCAAUGGUUGGGAUACCAAAUAAAGUUACCUCUUGAUAAUAACAAUUUAACUCAUAGGUAAACUUUACCAAUAAAUGAAACAAAAAUAUUUAUUAAUAUUUAUAUCUAAUUGAUAAGUAAAUCCACCAAGAAGUUGGAAUAAUCAGUCCUUAACGAUGUCAUUGCGCAGAUAAAACGUAUCGAAAAAUAGCUGCAUAAUGAUAUCUAACGACAAAAUUACAAAAUAGGCUCCUUAUUCACUUAACUUCACAUAUGGAUAUGUAUAUGUACGUAAAGGUGUAUAUCUAUAGAUAAAACUUUAGAGAUAGGGGAUAGGGUAUUUGGUAGUCAUCAUUGUAGUUCGUAUUUGACAUUGUUUGACAUAGUUUUGAUAGCCGCAAUAUAGAUAAUGUGAGAUUCAUCGAAAAAAUAUAGUGAUUUUUAAAUAUUUUACUUAUUAACUUUAUUUUUUCAAUCAACUCUAAUUGGAAGACAAUAUGGAGGAUAAACGAAAAAUUUCAUCGACUUUAAGGACGAUUCUAGCCGUUGAUGCUUAUUUAACUAACACUUUUGUUAAUUGGGCACAGCAAUUUUUAAUUUUGAGGCAACUAAAGAUACAUCACACAUUACUAAGAAUAUCAUGUAAUAGUGUAGUAUGGCUGGUAACUAAUCUUGUGAUGAUCUGGGCUCUUAACAAUCCAAAUUUAUAUCAGAUGCAAGUCAAUCUUUUAAUAGGUUUGUCACUAGACAUUGUUUUAGUUGCUGUAUUAAAAGCAGCAACGAGAAGGAGACGGCCUACAACUAACGAUAAUUUCUCUCCAAAUAAGGAUUCUUUUCCAUCUGGACAUGCAGCACGUGUGGCAUUUAUCACAUUUUUUUUUCUCAAUUUAUACCCUGUACCUUUAAUAUGUGUGCCACCAUUAUUAGCGUGGUCCUUUUCUGUAUGCAUAUCCAAACUUCUGACGAGGGAGCAUCACAUAGUCGAUGUUUUGGCAGGGAUAGCUGUUGGUAUCUUCCAAGGUAUGCUAAUAGGAUACAUAUAUUUGGAACGAGAAACUUGCACCAGUUUAGUUUGGUGGAUUACUGACGAAAAAAUAUCGGGAGCUGAGUAUGACGUUUAAUAACGUUAGUUCCUAUGCUAGGAAAUAUUCCUAUACUAGGGAAUAUUUCACAUUGCUUUUUUUUUAUAUUGUUGAAUUUGUGCAAUUGUAUGUGUGACUAAUUAAAUAUUUUAUCAAGAUAAUUUUGUGAUACACGAAUAUAUAUAUAUAUAUUUCAAUAUAUACAUAUUAACAAAGUUUGAUAGAAAUGAAGAUACUAGUUUAGAAAAAUGUUACGUAAAUAUUUUUUGUAAUAUAGAAAAGGUGCUUUAUAGAAGAUAAACGAGUAUUUCUUCAUCCUUA